UUUUUAAUAUUUUGAUAAUUUGAUUUAAAAUAAUUUGAUAAUUUGAUUGAAUUUUUUUACAGGUUUAUAUUUUAUUAAAUAAUGACUUACCCUGAUAGAAAUAGAACAAAGAAAUUAGAUUUUGUAGACACUCAAAAGCUUUCUUCUACGUUUGUUCUUUUAUGGUACAAGGAUUGUGAAAAAGAUGAGCGGCAUACCUCUCCCAUAUCACUUUCAAAUACACUUUUUAAGCAUUAUUCAUCCUUUGAAUGCCUUGAAUUUCAAGUGAAAAAUGUAGUGCAUGUUUCUAUUGCAAAUAUACAACACGCAGCUGUCAUCAUCUAUAAGGGGUCUAUUACCCAAUGCUGUAAAUUUGAAACAUUGCUAGAUAACUUCAUGGACGAUUUUGGUGAUGAAAAUCCUAGCACUGAUGAAGUAAGCAAGUUUGCCCUCAAUUAUAUUGAAGGCAAUACUGACGGAAAAAGAAAACAUUCUGAUGGAGACCAAUCCUCAGAUUCAGAGAAUAUUGCACCGGUCUCAGAACAUACAGGCCUAAACGGACCUAAAUAUAAAUCGACUCCUAAAUCAAAGGUGCUGAAAAAAAAACAUGUAAAUGAAGUGUUGAAUGAAAAUUCAGAAUCAGAGUCCUUUGCAUCAUUUUAUAACAGUCAAAAAGGAUCUAAAAAAAGCACAGAUUAUGGCUUUGGAAAAGCGGAAGCUUGACAUGCUACUUGACAAUGUUGAUGCUCCCAGAGCAUUGAUGCUUCCAAUAAUUAGUGAUGUUCCUAAAACAAAACACUGUGGUUCACCGAAGUUAAGCAAACUAUCUUGUUUAGAAGCAAUUUUGAUUGAACAAAAGAAACUUCUUUUUGAACAAAAGAAGACCAACAAACUGUUGUCUGAAAUUUUGCGCCCAAUAGAAAAAGAAUCUGUAAAUAAUGAUAAUGCCGUGUAUACUGGUUUUGAUGCCGAAUUUAAAUUGCACGACAUUCAAAAACGAGAACCAUGUAGCUUUGCAAGAAAAUUUAUUUUGUUGCGAUUCGGAAAGGAGUUUACUUGCACGUGUAUUUGUGAACCAAACGGACCUACUGCACGCAUUCAUAUGGAGAAUGAAGAAAUUCAGGAAGUUAAAGGUGCACUUGACAAAGUGUUUACGUCUUACAACUGGCGUGUUGUUCGGGCGAGUAUUAAUCAAUUUUUCCGAGACAAUAAAAGUAGUACAAAAGUUUGAAGACUAAACAAAUGAGUGACAUUUUUCUUGUGGUGUGGGGUUGUCAGCGUUUUUCGCUUAUCCCCCCCCCCCCCAUUCUAUCUGUAAUGUGUUUUGUAUGUUUUGUGUGUUAAAUAAAUACACCAUCUUAUUUAUUCUAAA